UUUGUUUUUUUUUUCCAACAGAUGUGGGAGGAGGCCAUUGCCUUGGGUAAGGAACUUGCAGAACAGUAUGAAAAUGAAAUGUUUGAUUACGAGCAACUCAGUGAACUGCUGAGAAAACAAGCACAGUUCUAUGAAAACAUCGUGAAAGUGAUAAGACCAAAACCAGAUUAUUUUGCUGUUGGAUACUAUGGCCAGGGAUUUCCGACUUUCAUAAGGAACAAAGUCUUCAUUUACCGGGGAAAAGAGUACGAGCGGCGCGAGGACUUCGAAGCGAGGUUGUUAACUCAGUUUCCCAAUGCAGAGAAAAUGAAGACAACGUCUCCACCGGGUGACGAGAUCAAAAACUCCUCUGGCCAGUAUAUCCAGUGCUUUACUGUGAAGCCAAAGCUUGAUUUGCCACCCAAAUUCCACAAGCCGGUGUCAGAACAAAUCGUGAGCUUCUAUAGAGUGAAUGAAGUCCAGCGGUUUGAGUACUCACGGCCCGUUCGAAAGGGAGAGAAAAACCCAGACAAUGAAUUUGCGAAUAUGUGGAUUGAGAGAACCAUCUAUGUGACAGCAUACAAAUUACCAGGGAUUCUGAGGUGGUUUGAAGUCAAAUCAGUUUUCAUGGUUGAAAUUAGUCCACUGGAAAAUGCAAUAGAAACCAUGCAGCUAACAAACGAUAAGAUCAACAAUAUGAUUCAACAGCAUUUAAAUGAUCCAAAUCUACCCAUUAACCCUCUCUCUAUGCUACUGAACGGCAUUGUGGAUCCUGCAGUCAUGGGGGGUUUCACCAACUAUGAGAAGGCAUUUUUUACUGAAAGAUAUAUGCAUGAGCACCCGGAAGAUCAUGACAAGAUUGAAAAACUGAAGGACCUGAUAGCUUGGCAGGUAAGGAUUCCAAGUCCUGUUGGCCAUCCGAAGGCAAUUUAAUGUCACUGUUGAGAA